CUUCUCCUUCCUCUUCCAAGCUCCGGCCCCGCAACCGGCAUCUCCCCGCCGCGGCACUGCCGCAGCUCGCGUGGCUCAGCCUCCGGCGACGGCGGGAAGCCAAUCGGCGGCGGCGGCGGCAGGCCCACCUUCUCAACUCCCCCCCCCCUUUGGGGGCCGAAGCUCCUUCCUCUCGCGAGAGCCGGCUAGUAAACAGCCCGCCGCCGUCGCCGCUGCUGCUUGCGCUCCAUCCUCCCUUCCCGGCGCAGGGCGAGCCAGCGGUGCAGGCGAGGAAAGCGGCCGGCUUGCAGGCGGGGAGCGCAGCCAGCCGGCCAGGCGCGUGGAGGUUACUAUGGCAAUGACUGCAGGGACUGCAACGCCUUUUCCUAUGAGCAACCACACCCGCGAGCGAGUCACGGUGGCCAAGCUCACGCUGGAGAACUUUUAUAGCAACCUCAUCUUGCAGCAUGAAGAACGAGAAACCAGGCAGAAGAAACUAGAAGUAGCUAUGGAGAAAGAAGGCUUAGCAGAUGAAGAGAAAAAGCUCCGAAGAUCCCAGCAUGCCCGCAAAGAAACUGAAUUUCUGAGGCUGAAGAGGACAAGGCUAGGCCUGGAUGACUUUGAAUCUCUGAAAGUGAUUGGGAGAGGCGCUUUUGGUGAGGUUCGCUUGGUUCAGAAAAAAGACACGGGUCAUAUUUACGCCAUGAAGAUAUUGAGAAAAGCUGACAUGCUGGAAAAGGAGCAAGUGGCUCAUAUACGAGCAGAAAGAGACAUCCUGGUUGAAGCGGAUGGUGCCUGGGUCGUAAAGAUGUUCUAUAGUUUUCAGGACAAACACAACCUUUACCUGAUUAUGGAAUUUCUUCCAGGAGGUGAUAUGAUGACUUUGCUCAUGAAGAAGGAUACGCUAUCUGAGGAAGAAACACAGUUUUAUAUCUCUGAAACCGUGCUUGCUAUUGAUGCCAUUCAUCAACUAGGGUUUAUUCACAGAGAUAUUAAACCCGAUAAUCUUCUGCUGGAUGCAAAGGGGCAUGUAAAACUCUCUGAUUUUGGGCUAUGCACAGGUUUAAAGAAAGCUCACCGAACUGAAUUCUACAGAAACCUUACGCAUAAUCCGCCAAGUGACUUCUCCUUUCAGAAUAUGAACUCCAAGAGAAAAGCAGAAACAUGGAAGAAGAACAGGCGGCAGUUGGCCUAUUCUACUGUCGGGACUCCAGAUUACAUUGGGCCGGAGGUUUUCAUGCAAACGGGUUACAACAAACUCUGCGACUGGUGGUCUUUGGGGGUCAUCAUGUACGAAAUGCUAAUAGGAUACCCACCUUUUUGCUCGGAAACACCCCAAGAAACAUAUAGAAAAGUUAUGAACUGGAAAGAGACUUUGGUGUUUCCACCAGAGGUGCCCAUUUCAGAAAAGGCAAAGGAUCUAAUUUUAAGAUUUUGCACUGAUGGUGAGAACAGAAUCGGCAGCAACGGAGUAGAAGAAAUUAAGAGCCACGCAUUUUUUGAAGGGGUGGACUGGGCACACAUCAGAGAAAGGCCAGCGGCGAUCAAUAUAGAAAUCAAAAGUAUAGAUGACACCUCCAAUUUUGACGAAUUCCCCGAAUCGGACAUUUUACAACCAGUGCCAAAUACCACCGAACCAGACUUCAAGUCCAAAGAUUGGGUUUUCCUGAAUUACACCUACAAGAGAUUCGAAGGGCUGACUCAGCGGGGCUCCAUCCCUUCUUACAUGAAGGCCGGGAAAUUGUGAGAUGCGGCGGAGCCAGGAAACGUAAGAACUCAGGUACCCUGUCCACCUCCGCUCGAUCGCCACCCUCUCCGACGCUCCCACAGACCGGCGCCUGCGGACCCGGCCCAGAAAUUAAGGAAUUCUACAGGAUUAGGAUUUCUGAGACUACUACAGACAAUGAGUUGGCAGUGCCAGCUGGCGGCUUCUUUUAAUAGUGAAUAUUUUUGUUAACUUUAUUACGACAGAGGUACUGGAAAUUUAAAAAGAGAGAGAGAGAGAGUGAGAGAGAAAAGAACAAGCGACCGACGUCCUCUUCAUUGUCUGCACUGCCGAAAUGUAUGUUUAAAAUGGUCAAUUCUGCCUCUUAAGGACAUUCGGUUCAUGGUUCAAACUAUGUGCCGUUUGCCCAAGUGUUAAAAAGAUCAUGUCGGUGUAAGAAGCAACCUUGUCCCUUUCUCAACAAGGUAGCUGCGUUUGGGUAUUUACCUGGGCAGGUUUUUAGGGAGGAAAGCACAGGUGGUCCUCGACUUACAACAGUUCCUUUAGAGACCAUCCCAAGUGGCAAAGGCACUGACAAAAAAUGACUGACGACUUAUUUUUCACACUUAUGACCGUCGCAGCAUCCCCGGAGCCACGUGUUCAAAAUUCGGAUUGCUUGGCAACUGGCAUGUACUUAUGACGGUUGCAGUGAUCCCUUUUUGGGUCCUUCUGA